GGUGCCGCACGUGCCAAUCGUUCCGCCGCUAGAUCGGACCGCGCGUAAUCUUGUUUCAAAAAUAAAUCGUUGCCGAUUUAAAACCAGAGCACCAUGAAGCCCCAAGCAAUGAGACAAAAACAGCAUUGUGACAUUGAUACUGAUCUGGUGCUCCGGUUUCAAAUCGACGCAACAUUGAACUGAAAUGCAAAAAAAAAAACAAACAAUUAGCCUGAAACGUUAAAUUUAUUUAUAAAACCGGUCAAGUUUACAACAAUCUGGUCGAACGAGACUCAGAUCGUCGACUGAAUGGUGAAUGAAAUAAACAAAGAAAUGAAACGCAGAAAAUAUGAGCCAAGCGUGUGCGCUGUUAAAAUUCAUAAAAAUACCAAAAAAACUAAACUAAUCUGAGGAGUGAACGCGGGAAGUGCCGUGCUGUGCCUUAACUAUAAUCAUUUACAUUGUAUGGUGCUCGAGAAACAAUAAAAAUAAUGUUAGUAAUACAAAUGGGACGAACGGACUAUAGUGUCAAGUUAAAAUGUUAGACGUAUUCCGCGGUUUGAAGAAUCUAAUUAAGGUGAACUAUGUGCAUAUCGACUCGCCUGUAUUCCGGUUGCAUUACUCGAUCACGGUCAUCCUGCUGAUAUCGUUCAGUCUCAUUGUGACCACGCGCCAGUACGUCGGGAACCCCAUAGACUGUAUCCACACCAAGGACAUCCCAGAGGACGUUCUGAACACGUACUGCUGGAUACAUUCGACAUACACCCUCAAGAGCUACUUCGAGAAGACGGUGGGCGUCGAGGUGCCGUACCCUGGGAUAGGGAACAGCAGGGAGAAGGGCAAGGAAGAUAUGAGCGACAGGAAAGUCUACAAGUACUACCAAUGGGUCUGCUUCUGUCUUUUUUUUCAGGCAAUGCUGUUCUACGCCCCGCGGUGGCUGUGGAAAUCUUGGGAGGGCGGCAAGAUCCGCGCCCUCAUGAUGGACCUAGACGUCGCAGUCUGCACGGAGAUAGAGAAGAAGACAAAAAAGAAACUAAUCCUGGACUAUCUGUGGGAAAACCUGAGGUACCACAACUGGUGGGCCUACAGGUACUACCUGUGCGAAGCGCUUGCCCUUGUCAAUGUUAUAGGGCAAAUGUUCUUGAUGAACAGGUUCUUCGACGGAGAGUUUAUGACCUUCGGGCUGAAGGUGAUCAAGUACAUGGAGUCCGACCAGGAGAUACGAAUCGACCCCAUGAUAUACAUAUUUCCAAGGAUGGUGAAGUGUACGCUUUUCAACAAAUUCGGUUCAUCCGGCGAGGUGGAGCGGCACGACGCGCUCUGCAUCUUGCCCCUGAACGUAGUCAACGAGAAGAUCUACAUCUUCCUCUGGUUCUGGUUCGUCAUCCUCGGCUUCCUUACUUUCAUCACGCUCAUCUACAGGAUCAUCAUCAUCUUCUCGCCGCGCAUGCGCGUCUACAUGAUGCGAAUGAGGUUCCGACUCGUGAGGCGGGACAAUAUCGACACCAUAGUGAGGAGAAGCAAGAUGGGAGACUGGUAUCUGCUCUACAUACUAGGAGAGAACCUCGACUCGAUCAUCUUCAGGGAUAUAAUGCAGGAGUUCGCGAACAAGCUGAACCACAACUACCAGCACCACAUUCACGGCGUCCCGGACGCGUGACCUCCGAUCCCCGGGUGGGUGUUCCAUACGUGACUAACGUCUUUACAGCGCGACAUGGACCCGCCCGUCUGACGCGCCCCGCGCCCUCGCCUGCGAACCAUCAAGCGAUUCUUUACUCGCGUC